CGCAUCCAUGGUGGAUACUCCCCAACAGGAAAGAACGACCAGUUAGUUUGAAGGCGCCUUUCACUCUGGUUGUCAUGCAUAUCGCUCCCAUGUGUUUGGUGUAAACCUGGUGUGCACUGCCUCUGCUCCUGCCUCUUGUUCCAAACUAAUUUAAGACAGCACUUUAAACUUUGAGUUCAGUGUUGUGAGUUUGUUAGGUGCGCUGCCUACUCUACGGAGCCUGAGUUUAAUCGUAGAACUUCAGCCACAAAACAAGGCGUUUUGGGGGUACUUUAUGUUCAUCAAGAGGACUGUAAAGCAGGAUUUUAAUAUGGAUACAGCCAAACACUCUAUCGGGGAAAGUAAGCCUGUGUGUGAGUGUGCGCCCAAGUCUUCGGUGCAGCGGUGGCUUCCAGGUUUUCCCAUCGCUCUGUGCUUGCUGUUGUCUAUGAGCUCCAUCACCGUGUGUCUUCUGAUGAGCCUCAAGACGUUCCAGCUGGAGAACCGACUGCAGAUGGAGAUGGACAAAGGCUCCAUCUUCCCGCAGCCGCAGAGGGCUUGUAUAAAUGAUGAUGGGACCCUGAUUCCAGAGCUGAGCUCAUCCGUAGGGAAACUCGUGGAAGAGAAAGUGGUGGUGCUGUUGCCGAAAUUAAGGACAACUAGGGAUGCUGGCCAAGAGUGCUCCUGCCCUCCAGGGCCUCCAGGGAAGCGUGGACGGAUGGGAAGAAGAGGGGAACCCGGCCUGCCUGGCAAGGCUGGACGGGAUGGAUACCCGGGUCCUCUUGGCUUGGAUGGAAAACCAGGAUUUCCAGGUCCUAAGGGAAGCCAGGGACCAGCCGGACCCAAGGGAGAAAAGGGUGACCAAGGAGACGUUGGGCCAAGGGGUCCUCCUAACUACAGCCCAUAUGCAGGUCUGCACAGUAAUCAGAUUCUCACUGUCAAGGGUGACCAAGGCCAGGCUGGCGCCGCUGGUCCUCCUGGUCCUCCAGGUCCCCCCGGUCCCAGAGGACCCCCUGGUAACACAGGCAAGGAUGGUCCACGUGGCCCUGCUGGCGAGUCGGGGUUUCCAGGUCGUGAUGGUGUUGAGGGGCAACAAGGAACGCCUGGGAAGCCGGGAGAAGAUGGUGAGCCCGGGUAUCCAGGACCAAAGGGUCCUCCAGGAGCGAAGGGAGAGGCAGGUACGGGAGAAAAAGGAGAAAGAGGCAUGGAUGGACUUCCAGGAUUUAAGGGAGACAAAGGGGAAAUAGGAGAGCAAGGACCACAGGGAUCGAUGGGUUAUCCUGGUGAAAAAGGCGAAGCAGGCUCGUCAGACAUCAUCGACUUCAAUGGGAAGCUUCUAGAUGCUUUCCAGGGCCCACCUGGACCACCUGGACCCCCAGGCACAACAGGGGAAAAGGGUGAGCUUGGUUUACCUGGGCCAGCAGGAUUUGAUGGACAGAAGGGACUUAAAGGUGACAUAGGUGAGGAGGGACCAGCUGGCCACAGAGGAGAGAAGGGGGAGAUGGGUCUCUCUGGUCCUUCUGGUAUGGACGGACAAAAAGGAGAGAAGGGUGACUGCAGGAUGGAGGACAACCUGGUUCAGAUGAUUUCACAGCCAGGCCCACCUGGCCCUCCAGGGAUUCCCGGGGCCCCUGGAUCCAUGGGGUUGCAUGGUAUGCCCGGUCCUAAGGGUGAGCCUGGAUACGGGAUGAAGGGAGAGAAGGGGGAUUAUGGUGGUCCUGGACCCAGAGGAUUAGAUGGACCCCCGGGCCUAACUGGGUCUGCUGGGUUAGUGGGUCUUCCAGGUGCAAAGGGAGAAAAAGGCAGACCAGGAGAGCCUGGACUAGAUGGUUUCCCAGGUCUGAUGGGAGAUAAAGGUGAUCGAGGGGAAAGAGGAGACAAGGGUGACAGGGGAUCAGUGGGAAAGAGAGGACUAAAGGGCCAGAAGGGAGAGCAGGGUCCUCCAGGCCUGGAUCAGCCUUGUCCUGUGGGUUGUGGUGAGACUAAAGGUGUGCUCGAGGAGGCAGGGCUUUCUCCCCCUCCACCUCCUCCUACUCCUCCUUCUGGCCCUGAGGCCCCCUGUCCUGUGGGACAGGACGGGCUGCCCAUACCAGGCUGCUGGCAUAAGGAGGAAAUGGCGAAACAGAAGCUCAAACGCAAGCGUCUCUCUCAGCCCUGAAGGGGUGCGGGGCCUGGUGGAGAAAGGACACAGACAGGCAGAGAGCACACAAGGGGCACACUGACCUUCAUGAAGCAGAGUGAUGCCUCAGUGUCAUCUUGAACACUCAGAUCCUCUGAUACGGAAAGUCUCCAGGAGGGGACGACAGAGAAACCUGCAUUUCCACAUUUAUCCUGAGAAGUAAAAGCACACCUGCGGCUGAUGAUGUUGCACAAUAGCUUCAAAACCAGUCAAAGUUACUUGGGAGUCACUGACGUCAAUGGCACAUACGGAAGGAUUUACUGCACAGAUACAUUGAACAAGUCUUGGUGAUUUAUUGUAUGGCUUUAAGGUUUCCACUUAUUAAAUGCAUUAUCAUAGCAAGACAGAGUGUUGUUUGGCAUCCUGAUAGCUUGUAUAACUUGUGAUCCCUCAUUGAAACCUCCAACGACAGUAAAUACAUUUUCAUUUGCAAUAAGCAGUCUUUAAUGAUCUUUCCAUUUGAACAGGCCACAUGGCUUACACCUUUUUGUGUGGUGUUUUGUUUUGUUUUAUUUUAUUAUAUUCUUACCUUUUUUUGUCCAGUUACAUUUUGCAUUCCUGUCGGUGCCAUUAAAAAAACAAUGUAACUUCAAGGCCAGAUUUGAAGGAACCAUUAACAGUAUUGUUGAUAAAUCAGUGUUUCAGUUACUUUGAUAAAUGAUUGCCAAUCAAAUUAUUCUUCUUAAUAAUUUUCUGUGUAACUGAUUCAUUUUGACUGAUUAUUAUCAUUUAAUCACUGAUGGAGACAUGUUUAAUUACUUUUGCCAGUUUGACCUGGACAACAGUGUAUGUUCUUGCUGCUGACUUUAAUGUGUGUUGUUUGUUUGAUAUUUUUGAAUCAAUGUAAGUCAUUUGAACUGAAGGACUAACAGACCUUGAGGAAUUUUAAUCAAAUGUAUUCGCCACCAUUGUUAUUUGUAAUUAUUCAUUUUAUUUAGCAGUACUUCUUAAGACAACGGUUUAUAACUGUCAGGUAUACAGAAUUUUGUGUGUUUUUUAUUUCAUUUAUCACAAAAAGUGUGACUUUUAAUGGUGUGUCUUGGUCUUUGUGAUACAUUUUUCUCAGAUGGAAUACUUCCUUGGUGUUUAAGUACUUUAAUGUACCAAUAUAAAGCUUCAUAUCAACACACAUAUCCAGUUACACAUUGAUCUUUGCUUAAAGGAAUGUUGAACAUAUGAAAGAUAAAUUGUACUUGGGUUGAUUAAUGUACCAUUCCCAAAUAUUAGGCUACAUGUAUACAGGAAAGUUAUUACAUGGAAUCAUUAUUUGGUUCUGUUUACCAGGACAUAUACAUAUAAACGGAAACUUGUGUUUAUGUUUUUAGUGGAAAUCUGUAUUUUCUGUAUUGAUUUUAGUUGUACUUUUAAUAAUAUGAAUGGCAUUCAGAUAUACAGCCCUGGAAAAAAUUAAGAGAUCACUCUAAAUUUUUCUUAAAUCUCAAUCUCUACAUGAAUGGCAGCCAUUCCAGUGUCUGUUGAAUUCCAACACAGAUAAAUGUUGUCAGUAGUUUAUAACAAAAAAGUUUUGACUCAAAGACAAACCUAUAAAUAGCAAAACCAGAGAAACUGAUAAUGCUGAAGUGGUCUCUUAAUUUUUUCCAGAGCUGUAUAUAGGUAUAUAUAUUGUGGUUGAGCACUAUGAAAUAUAGCAAUCAUUUACAACAUAAAUAUUUGAAUAUGAAUAAUCAGAAUGUUUUCGUGGUUUAAUACAUCUAUUCACAAACAACAUGCAGUACAUCCUGCUAAACAUUGCUAAUUCCAAUACACAACCACAUUGUAGUGCAUGUUCUUUGACAUUAAACGUUGACUUUAUUUUUGAAAAGAUUCCCUUGCAGUAUGCCACAAAAAAAUUCAUUACCAACAACACACAAGGCAAUUUCCUUAUCAGUGGGAUCUUUUAACUUUAAAAGGGUUCUUUAGAAGGAUAAUUACAUCACAUAUUUAACCUAUGCUGCAGCAGUCAUUUAUUAAGGUUAAAGGUAUUCUAGAAAUCCUUUCUUUAAGUGUGUACAUGAGUUGCAUAUUAUUAAGCUAAAAUAGAAAUCUUGACAUCUACAAAAUGUUUUGGAAUUUGUAUUGAAAGCACAGUAUUUCAACUGUAGACCACACAGUUCUCAGCAUUAUUUCACUGGAAGCUGAAUGAUUUCUGUCACUUAACAUUGUAAUAUGUUUUUAUUUCUUACGCAGAAUCUAUCAGUUUCAGUUUUAAGGCUUAAUGGAGUCAUUAAAUGGCACAGUGUCAGAAUACAGUUAGGUGUUUUAGCGAGUCAUAUAUCACAGUAAUAACUUGACUGUGAGAAUGUUUUUUGGUGGUGUAUUUGGUUGUAAAAGAAUUAAGCUAUUUUUGUAAUUACUUGUUCAAAAAUGUAUAACAUCAAAUCUGGUCCCUUAAACAUGUAGACUGAAGGUAAAUCUCCAGUUGUAUGAUGUUUCUUCCAAUAAAACAUAAUCAUGGAAAAUUA